CCGAGCUGUGCCUGGCAGCUGCAAGCAACGCCCUGCACCCAGGCCCUUUGCAAUAAACCGCAAGUUCCACGAAAAGGCUGGAAAGAUCUCUUGUCUCCGUCGGUCCAGACCGUCCUACCCCCCGAUACUCCUGCAAACACGCUCAUUCCUUGUUUUCCCCAAACCAGGAUUGCCCAUUGCCAACCCCAGGGAGGCUGAGAGGAAGAGGAAGAUGCCCCGGGACACUGAGGCAGAGCAGGAGCUGAGCAUGGAGAGCAGGGAGGACAAAUGCCCGCGGCAGAACCUGGUGGAAGAGGCUGUUUUGAGCGGCUCGAUGGUGCAGGAAGCCAAUGAGGAGGAAAAGCCCCGGAGAUGCCGCACGAGGAGGGGCUGCAAACGCAGCUGGCGGGGAUCUGAGGGGGAAAGAGCCAGCCUGGGCUGGGAAGGCGGCCGGAGACAGAGCCAGAGCUCAGAGCUGGUGCUCCGUGAGCAGCUCCAUGAUGGGGAGAAGCCCCACACUUGUGGGGAGUGUGGGAAGAGCUUCAGGUGGAACUACAACCUGAUUGUGCCCCAGAGGAUCCACACUGGGGAGAAGCCCUGCGAGUGUGGCGAGUGUGGGAUGUGCUUCAUCCAGAGCUCCGGCCUGAUCACGCACCAGAGGACCCACACUGGAGAGAGGCCCUAUGAGUGUUCCAAGUGUGGGAAGAGGUUACAGACCAGCUCUGAUCUCCUCCAUCACUAUCUGAGUCACAGAGAGGAGAGGCGCUUCCAAUGCCCCGACUGCGGGAAGGGAUUCAAGCACAACUCCGCCCUCGUCAGGCACCGGUGCAUCCACACUGGGGAGAGGCCCUACGAGUGUCCCCAGGGUGGGAAGAGCUUCUCCAGCAGCUCUAGCUUGACCCGACACCAACGGAGGCACUGGUAAGGGAAGCCCUGCGAGUGCCCCGAGUGCGGGCAGAGCUUCGUGCGCUGCUCCAGCUCCACCCCCCACUGGAGGAGGCACUUUGGGCACAGCCCAGGUGAGCCACAUUCCCUGUGAUCCAUGUUGAGAACAUACCUGGCUGUUUCGCCUUUUAAUUUCACCUUAAUUUUUCUCUAUUCUCCAUCUCUUUGCACUGCAAAAGCCAAGAGGAAUGGAUCUGUCACCUCAAAAUCACUCAAAUCCCAGUGAUAACAGCUCAAUCUGACCCCAAAAAGAGCUCAAACCCACCUCAAAAAACUCAAUCCCAUGCCAAACUCACUCGAUUCCGCAGUCAUCAGGCUGAGAUGAGGUUGGGAGGUGAUUUAGAGUCGUGGGAUCUCAAUUAGAGUGGUGGGAUGGAGAUUGUGUGGGGUUGGAUGUGUGGGAUGUAUUUGACAGCAAAUAAAACUCUGAGACUUACUGAUUUCUCUCCUGUUCAUGUUCAGUCUUUGCAGUUCUGUUUGCAGAGUGCCGCCUUCUCAGCUCAUUGUCUUUGUGUCCCUUUUCUCUCCUGCCUCUCUUUGCCUGCUCCGUUUCUCUCUCAGUGUCUCCCUGGAUCCACGGACCACCAGAGACCCUCCCCUGAUUUAAUUGACCCAGGCACCACCAGAGACCCUCCCUAUAUUUAGUUGCCUCAGGGACCACCCAAUACCCUCCCCUGAUUUAUUGCCCCAGUGCCCACCAAAGA